AUGAAACUCUUCUUCUACUUCACAAUCUUCUUCUUCUUCGUCGCUACGGCUUUGGCUGGACCGUUCGAAGUCGGACACGAUUGCAUCAACUCCGUCCAGUGCGACGAUGGUAGCUGCUGUCAGGACGCCCGUGCCUCCGAGGGUCGCUGCCAAAAGGCCAAGUGCAGCGCCAGCCAGCAAGAAGUCCUGAUGGUCAAC